GUUAAUAUCUGAGUCAUUUUUUGGAGGGGGGGUUGGCCUGGUACGCGCAUCGGGUUGAAUGUAGGCCAAUGAACCCAAGGUCUAUUCAAUGGGAGGAUGGGUAGGAGUUUAUCAAACCUUGCUGUGUGACCAUAGCAAGCUGUAAGCUGGCUCAAGCAAUGGGAAUGAUUGGAUCCUCCCAUUUGCUUCGCUCACAUGCCCAGACUUGUUUGAUUGCACUCUUUGUUCUGGUUGUGUUGACUGGCAGAUCCUUCAAUUGUUCGGCCGUUCGAAUCCCCGCAAUGGGGUGAGCUCCCAUUGCUCUGUCCCAGCUCCUGCCAACCUAGCAGUUUGAAACCAUGCCAGUGCAAGUAGAUAAAUAGGUACCACUGCAGCAGGAGGGUAAACAGUGUUUCUGUGCGCUCUGCUUUCUGUCACGGUGUUCUGAAGUGGUUUAGUCUUGCUCGCCACAUGACCCAGAAAGCUGUCCGUGGAUAAACACCGGCUCCCUUGGCCUGAAGUGAGAUGAGUGCCACAACCCCAUAGUCACCUUUGACAGCACUUAACCAUCCAGGGUCCUUUACCUUUUUUUUUAAAAAAACCUUUAAUAAAUAUAACCUGUUUCCCCACAUUCGUGUUGCCCUGAAUCUUCUUUUGGUGUGAUGGCAAUAGCUGUACUUAGAUGGCGGGUGAAAAUGUGCUUCUUUGUCCAGGCGUUUUUUAAAACCUGAGGGCGUUGAUUUUGGUUGGAGCUGCGACUCUGGGACUCAGCUAUACAGCUGCAAAUAUGACGUUUUAAGCGUGCUUUUAGUGCAUUAUACAAAUGUGACAGUAGAUGGCGAUGGUGAGCUAAUGGAAAAUUCAAUAUAUAUAUUAAAACUUUUUUUAAAAAAGCAUUCUCACAGCAUUAAAAAAAUAUGUCUAGACUCAGCCUUAGUGUUCCUGUUUUGUCAUGGAGGGAUUGUUCUCUUUUAUGUUUUGCAUUACUGUUUAUAUUAUACGUGGUGCUGUUAAGCUGCCAUGCACUUUGAACUGCAGGAAGGAGCAGGGGCAGAAAGACUCUGAUAAAAUAAAUAAAUAUUACCACUAGCCAGCACCAAUUUCUUUCUUUUCUUUCCGUUUAUUCAUAUUCUGCCCUUCUUCGCAAAGUUGCCCAGGGUAGCAAACACAAAAAGGUGUGUAUUGGGGGAGGGGGAGAGAUAAUACAAUUUAAAAUAUUGUUAUAAGGGGCUCAAAACACAGAUUCCCAUAGUUAUAUAGUUUAAACAAUCACACACAAACAGAAACAGAAAUUUCCCCAAGAGCUAAUACGGCUCCUUGAGCAGCCAAAGGUUGCCCCCCCCCCCCCGGCCACUUGCUGUAGAGGAAAGCCUGCAAAUAGGUUCCUUAACCUGGGACUCUGGGAGACCACAUUAUGAGUUCUGCACAAAGGGGUCCAGCAGAGAAUUCAGGUGCCCCGAGACUGUCAGUAUUUUGCUGGAAGGAUUCUGGGUCAUCCUGGAACUUUAGGUUUGCCCAGUGGAUUAAAGUGCUCUCCUGCAAACUUCAAUAAUCUUGCUUGGAAAAAAAGGGAAAGAAACUAACUUUUUGCCAUUUGGAAAAGUGAUGGGGAAAUGCACUGCAAAGCAUGGGACUGAUGAAUGAUUAACAAGAAGGUUUGUAAAAUAAAUAAAAAAACACCCUGCAAGCAAAUCAGGUUGAGUUCAGGAUGCAGGGUGAUGGCGCUGCAACUGAUCUGUAACCAAAUCAGAACGAACGCUAAGUAAAGACCAGCCAUAAGGUAAAAAAGUAAAAGACCCCUGGGUGGUUAAGUCCAAUCAAAGGUGACUAUGGGGUUGCGGUGCUCAUCUUGCUUCCAGGCCGAGGGAGCCGGCGUUUGUGCACAGACAGCUUUCUGGGUCAUGUGGCCAGCAUGACUAAACCCCUUCUGGCGCAACGGGACACCGUGACGGAAACCAGAGUGCAAGGAAAUGCCAUUUACUUUCCUGUCACAGCGGUACCUAUUUAUCUACUUGCACUGGGGUGCUUUUGAACUGCUACAUUGCCAGGAGCUGGGACAGAGCAACAGGAGCUCACUCCGUUGUAGGGAUUCAAACCGCCGACCUUCUGAUCAGCAAGCCCAAGAGGCUCAGUGGUUUAGACCACAGCGCCACCCUCAUCCAGACAUAAGGCCUCUGUGGACUUGUGGUUGUUUUGAGGGUGUCUUCUGCAAAAUGCCAUUGACAAAAUACCAUUAAUGGACCAUCCACACACACGAUCCUGCUCUAUUAGUUGUUCUGCGAUGCUUCCCCAAUUUUAUUGCAUUAUUGCUGUCAGAAGGGGAGCUAUAGCACAACCAAAGCAAAAAAAAAGGACAAACCUGGAACAUUUGUGGUGCAACCAUUUUUAGGAUUGCAGCACAGGGGUGUAGCGUGGGGCGUGCCAGAGGGUCGUGCCCCUGGAUGCACAAAUUUUGAGGGGGUGUGAACCCGGCACCCCCAAAAAAGUGCCCCCAGUGCGGUGUGGCCCGGUGCUCUUCUCUGAAGGGCUGCAUUGACCAGACAGGUUCCCCCCUGUGUGGGCGGGCAGAUGGUUCAGCUUGGCUCCGUUUUGCUCCAGUGGAGGUGAGGUUGCUCUGGCAGUGGCGGCCCCCCGCCCUGGGUGCUGGCAACGAAUGCUAUGCCACUGCUUCAGUAGGAAGCCACAGGACAUCAUACCCCAGUCCAAAAUUAAACAGCAUGUAUACAACAAUUUUUAGUGGAUGCAAACAGUGUUUUAGGGUUUUGUAAAGUUUAUUAUUAUUUCAUUUUAUAAUAAAACAGAGACAAGAGUUGUAAAACCCGUAUUGAAAGCAAGAUCGUGUAUGUGCCCUGGUGCCAUCAUGAAAAGGAUGCUUGGAGGAGUCCAUAGUGUUGCCCACUCAGCUGCUGUUGGACUCCAACUCCAACUCCAACAAUUGGCCAUACUGGCCAGGGCUCAUGGGAGCUGUAGUCCAACAGAGGGCACCCCUGGACUCCAACUGCUGUGCGAGCUUUAUGCAAGCAAAGCAAAACAAAUGCUCAGUUAAACAGUUCAUCUAGAGGAGCCAGUGUUCAUUAUCUUAGUUUCACUGUGUACAUAUUUUGCCUUUAAUGAGCACAACAGUGCAACAUUUCGGAUCCUGUUAGGGGUUAAUGGCACUCGACUGGCCAGAACUCAAGGUAAUCAAAGACCUGCAGGGAUUAAAAUUGUUUAGGGAAUUACUCAGGACUCAAGUCUUUUUUACAUGCUUAGCUAAAAAAGGAAGAGAGAGCAGAGGAGACGUUCAGGUAGUGUGUGGUCCGAUCCUGGUCUGAAAUGGAAACUGAAGCCAAGAUGAGUGAUGGCAUCAAGGUAGGCAACCCAAGGUUGUGCCUAGUUUAUUGUCUGAAAAGCACUUGCAAGAAUAGAGAGGAGAGCUGUAAAGAAAGAUAUGACCAUGUCUUGAAAUGGGGCAGUUUUCUGGGUUAUUUAUUUUGGCUCAAGGUCCCCCUGUUUCUUGUUUCUUUCUCCUGCUCAGCAGGUCACUGCUGAAUAUAACAAAAGUUUCACUGACUUUUUCUAAGAAAGAAGUACAUUCAGUUCUGUUCUUUCCCCCGUGUUCUCUUGGUUUUGUGUCUCUCGUAAGAGAUCCUUUCAUUGCUCCAAAACUGCAAUGCCUUUAUUCCAAAAGAAACUCCGAUAUGGGUUAGAUUUGAGGAGAGAAGCCAAUGGAUUUGCCACUAACAGGAUCACCGAGGAUGCUGGGACAGAUGCAAAUAACCACAAGGAAGAUUCCACAGCCGAUUCAAAAAGCACAAUGAAAGGAGCUAAGGAGCCAUCUAUAUUCUGUAUGACCAAGCUGAGGGUCUUUUUGGUGUCGUUAUCUUUUGCUUAUCUCGCCAAGACCAUGUCUGGGGCUUACAUGAACAGCAUGCUCACACAGAUUGAACGGCGGUUCAACAUCCCUGCCUCGUUGGUUGGUGUGAUAAAUGGAAGCUUUGAAAUGGGCAACUUGCUGGUGAUACCCUUUGUGAGCUACUUGGGAUCAAAACUCCACAGACCACGCAUGAUCGCUAUUGGUUGCAUAGUUAUGGCUUUGGGAUGUUUUCUGAUAGCACUACCUCAUUUCUUGAUGGGAAGGUACCGCUAUGAAAACUCUCUUUCUGUAUCUGAAAAUUCUUCAACCAUAGCUGUUUGCCUUGCAAAUCAUAGCCAGUUUUCCAUGGCGGCCGAACAAUCCUCAGAAGAAUGUCAAAAACAGGCUGGAUCCUUGAUGUGGGUUUUUGUGCUGGUGGGAAACAUCGUCCGGGGAGUUGGUGAAACUCCCAUCGCUCCUUUGGGCAUUUCGUACGUGGAGGAUUUCGCAAGGACGGAAAACUCUCCUUUCUACAUCGGCUGCCUGCAGAUAGCAACUGUCUUGGGCCCUCUGUUUGGUCUACUGAUAGGCUCCUAUUGUGCCAUGCUGUAUGUGGAUGUUGGAUUUGUAGACCCAGAGGAUGUGACUUUGAGCCUCCUUGAUGCUCGCUGGGUCGGAGCCUGGUGGCUGGGGGUCUUGAUCUGUGCCGCCGUGAGCUUCUUCGUCGCCAUCCCUUUCUGCUUCCUGCCCAAGUCUCUUCCGAAGGAAGGAGAGGAAAACAGUGCCAAGUUAAACACAAAGGGCAACAAAACAUUGCUACCAGCAGAAAAUGCAGCUCAGGCCAGCACAAAAAUUCGAGAAAUUGCUAAAGAUUUCAUCCCCUACCUGAAAAGUCUGUCUCACAAUCCAGUUUACAUGCUUUUUCUUUUGAUCACUGUGAUCCAGUUCAGCGCUUGGAUUGGGAUGAUUACCUUUAUGCCAAAAUAUAUGGAACAGCAGUAUGGGAUAUCUGCGGCAGAUGCCAUCUUUUUAAUAGGUGUUUACAAUUUACCAAUUAUAUGUGCUGGUUAUUUCUUUGGUGGCCUCAUGAUGAAGAAAUUCAAGAUAAGCACCUAUAAAGCUGCCCACAUCGCUUUUUGGAGUUCUCUAGUGGAGUAUCUCAUCUACUUCUCUGCUUUUUUCAUGGUCUGCAAGAAUGCUAAGGUUGCUGGCUUAACCAUGUCCUACGAAGGGCUCGAACAAGUCUCCUACAUGGAAACAAACUUGUACGCGGACUGCAACCGCCAUUGCGGAUGCUCCACCAAGGUGUGGGACCCUGUUUGCGGAGAAAACGGCAUAGCGUACAUUUCAGCAUGUCUCGCAGGAUGCGACAUCUCAAACGGAACUGGGAAAAAUACGGUAUUUAGAAACUGCUCCUGCAUUUCAGCCUUCGGAAAUGACUCGGCGGUCCUGGGACAGUGCAACCGAGAGAACUGUGGCACAAUGCUGCACUACUUCUUGAUCUUAUCCUUAGUCUGUUGUUUAAUUUAUUCCUUUGGAGCCAUGCCGGGUUACAUGGUCCUCAUAAGGUCCCUAAAACCCGAGGAGAAGUCAUUUGGCGUGGGUCUCCACUCCCUGGCAGCAAGGGGUUUUGCUGGAAUCCCAUCACCUAUUUAUUUUGGAGCUAUGAUUGACACUACCUGUUUGAAAUGGGGAACCAAGAGCUGCGGUGGCGAAGGAGCCUGCCGGAUGUACGAUUCUGACACAUACAGGCAGCUGUACCUGGGUGUGCCCUCCGUCCUCCGCGCCGUGUCCUACAUCCCGUGUGUGCUUGUGCUCCUCAUUUUAAGGAAACAGAACAAGACCUUGGUGCAGGAGAACAAAGAAUUGGAAGCCAGAGAAGAGGAAAACGGGCCAGUAGAACAGAAGGAGGUCCCUGCAGCCCAGAACAGCACACAUUUACAUCAAGAGACAAUAGACUUGUAAAAAGCAGACUUUAAAGAGGACUGGUGGCUUUAAGCUUGUACGUCAAAUGAUGUCAGUUGUAGGUCAUUAUCACUUUUCCAAGUCACCUCUAGAGGUCUUUCCAGAAUACAUAUAUUACAUACAGCAGAGUACUGGGUGACUAGUGUGGCUUGUUCUUCAUGACUAAAGUUGUAAGUACUGUGUGCUCUUUACUAUCAUAGCUGAGCCUUUGGGUGGUUGUUUGUGUGUGUGUGUGUGUGUGUGUGUGUGUGUGUGUGUGUGUGUGUGCGCGCGCAUGUGUUUCUGUAAUAAUUGUUUCCACAUAUCAUUUCAAGAUUUCUACAAAAUAACGGAAAGGUGAGAAGGGGCCAUGGCAGCUUUCACUCGCUCCAAUUUUUCACUUAGGCUGGAUCUAGACCAAUCCAAAAAAACGUUUCAGGAAAACGCGUUGUUGUAAACCUUGUAAUGGGAAAUCACGUUGGCAAAAGACGGAACUCUACAGCGCCAUCUGGUGUCACAGUGUUAUAACACGUUUAAAACGCUUUUUCUUGACUAAUGUAGCUGAGUCCUUAAUAUUGUACAUUUGUUGCUCUGUCUGCACUGUACAUUUUAAGCAGUAUGAUUGGAAUCAUGGCUUCCUCCUAAGAAUCCUGGGAACUUUGUUUGGUUUUGGUUUGCUUUGUUUGGUUUUUAAAAAAACAUUUCUUACUAAGUGUUCAAAUCUUACAUUUCAAAAUAAGCAUCUUUCAUUAUACCCAUGCAUUCAGCGACUUCCCUCCCUCCCCUUCCAAGAUUCUAUUGAUUUGCUCACAUUUCCUGCAUAUUUUCAUAUACCGUAUCUGUCUUAAUUCAAUUCUCCCCUCUUACAUCCCUUUUAAAUAGGUUAUAUUGUCAAAUUUAACCUUAGUGCUGCCAGCGUUUUCGGAAACUGUGCUUUGUUAAGGGUGCUGAGAGUUAUGAGGAGACCCCUGUGACUCUGCGAAGAUGAUUUAUUUGUUAAACUGCUCUGGGAAUUAUAGCUCUGUGAGGGGAAGAAGGGUCCCAAAUAACUCUCUCUUAGCACCCUUAACAAACUACGGUUC